AUGGCGGACCUGCUCCGGGGAACACCAAAUACCGAAGGGCCACAAGUCUUUGUGCCCGAGACCAUCCCCAACAUUGGCUUUGCAUCCACCUCGAACGGCAUCCCGUCUAUCUAUUUCUCCGGUGCCGAAAUUCAAAAGUUGGCAACCAACCUUGGCCAUGCAAUCGUUGGUAAGUUUUCGCACUCUAUCCCAUCAUCCCUUCAAAUCCAAAAAGCUCUUGAUCAUAUCAAGUUUAGUCGUGGAUUUUCAUGGAAGUAUAUUAACGCAAAGCAUAUACUUGUUCAAUUUGAGGAUAUGGCUGAUUAUGCACGGCUUCUAAGCGGGCCUAAGGGCACCCCGGUCUGGUUUAUCGAUAGACAUCCCAUGAGAGUCUUCAAAUGGUCUCCGGAUUUUGACGCCUAUUGUGAAUCUCCCAUUGCGGCUAUUUGGUGUAAUCUAAUUGGCCUCCCGAUACAUCUUUUUGAUCAAGCUGCCCUAUUUGCUAUCGGGAAGCUCCUUGGCACACCGAUCCAAGUGGACCGAGCGACGGCCAACAAGGCCCGGCUAUCCUUUGCACGCUUGUGUAUUGAGAUUGACAUUACCAAGCCACCCCCCGAAGAAAUUAUCCUGGAUAUUUGCGGACGAGAAUUGGUGCAACAAGUGAAGUGGGAUAAAAUCCCAUCUUAUUGCCAUGAAUGUAAGCAUGUAGGCCAUACGGGCGAGGUGUGCUAUGCCGCCGGGAAAGGGGUGCGACCGCCGAAACGGAAUUAUAAUGUGGGAGCAUCCAAACAAUCGCAACACGGACAGCAAGCUACGAAAGGAAAGCAAGGACAAAUGAAUCAUAACAGUGGCAACAAGGAUGGGAACCAACAAGGAGACACCAUUGGAGAUCUUAGCGUGGUGGUGGCCAAACCAAAUGUGGAUAGUGUGGAUGAUCACGAGUGGCGAGGGCCGGACAUUAUGGGCAACUUUUGA